AUGCCAUUAGUAAAUCAUUUAAAAUUUGCUAAUGGCAUCGUCGUAAUCAGAAUUUCAACUGACCCAGCACCUGAAACUUCUAUUUUAAAUCCUAAAGCCACAGUCGAUCAUAUUUUGAAAACACCAACAACUUCAAAACGUCCAGAGAGGUCAAGAAAAAGGGACGCAAGUGCGAAAUGCUUAACACCCAUAAAUGAAAACACUUCAGUAACAGAAAAUCUUCAGCAACAGCCCUCGACUUCAUACAAAUCUGUCCAAAAAGCAAAGAAAAGUGAAAUAGAUGAUUGGGAGUGUGGCUUAUGUGGAGUCCUGUAUUCAACUGAUGUUAAGAAAAGAAAUGGAGCCCAAUGGAUUCAGUGCUCAUCUUGUUUGACACCAUACCACGAGAUUUGCAUAUCUAUCGAAGAUACUGACGCCGAUGAAAAACUUUAUUAUAGAUGUGAUCGUUGUAUGGAAUAA